AUGUUUUCCAAGCGACGUGUAUUCAGUAUUGUCAAGCGGCAUGGCUACAACUAUGCUAGAAAGCAAGUGACAAGCCUUGUCAUUCGGAAGACUGUCAGCGUCUUCGAGCAGCAGCUAGAGAAGCGGGUAGCGGCGAUUGUGGACCAAAGACUAGCGGAGAUCUUGGAGAGUAGGAUGGACGAUCUGUUCGAGGAGAAAUUGGAGAGUGUGACGACGGGGGAUUGGAGGGGUUUGCUGCAGCAUCAUGCGGUGAGAAGAAAGAGUACCGCAACGAGAAAGGAGAGCAUGGUAAAAAAACAAGAUCAGAGUACUAGGAGCAGAGAUGUGGAGGCCGCAGCUCGUCGCGCGAGUCUAAGGUCGAACAAGGAAUGGGUUGCGGAGAGUGUAGUGGAAGAAGGCAGUCGCAGGAGUCCUAGGUGGAAGGAAGUGGGGUGGAAGAAGGAAGUUAAUAAGAAAGAGGUCAAGGCACGAAAAAGUCGAAGAGGUACAAUGCGAUCUAAACGAGUCGGCGCUAGAAGCUAA